GCAGUAUUAGCAACAGUGUCGUAACCGUUGUUAAACAGAGAAUGAGAAUAGAGAAUCCAUUUACUUUGAAGGUGGGUCAAGUUUUCACUGGCUUUGGCAUCGUUUGUGGUCUUGGUAUCGGCUCUGGACGCCCUUUAAAUUUAGGUACUACCUCCACUUUCUCUCUCUAAACAUCGUUGAGCAAGAUGAACUCCGGUGGGCUCUCCAUACCCAAUGAUGAUAAAAAGCCCCAAAUUUCAGCUGCUAACAGUUCAAGUGCAAUACCAGUACCGAACCAAGUUACGAGUGCCACCGGAGGUGCAACAAAUGCUUUUUCUGAUGUUGGUAGACAUGUUAACGAUUCUUUGAGGAAGGUGGUAGAAAAGAACACGACAGGCAUUAUAUAUGGAGCUGGUUUUGUACAUGGUUUUGGACAUGGUUUUGGACAUGGUUUUGGAGCUGGUGCAAUGCCAGUACUGAAUCGAGUUGUGAGUGCCACCAGAGGUGCAACAAAUGCUUUUUCUGGUGUUGGUAGACAUGUUAAUUCUUUGAGGAAGUUGGUAGCAAAGAAAGUUGAACCAGGCAUUGGGCGUGGAGUUGGUUUUGGACAUGGUUUUGGAGCUGGUCUAUCUGUGAAGCCUGGAGUGCUGUAUCAAAUUCAAUCUUCCCUUGUAGAAUCAAUGAUGAAGAUGAAGAUGAUGAUGAAGUUUGGAAUAGCUCCCAGCUUAUCCCUUGGUAAAGGCGUCCUUCCCACAUCGCUGCAAAGUGGUUUGAGCAUGAUAAAUGAACCCUCCAACCAAAAUCCAACAGGAAAUAUCAUGCAAUUGGCAACAAAAUUACCGGAUCAGGCAUCUCAAAGCCCCCCGGUAGACUCUUCAUAUGGAAGUCGAACGGAGAAGGUCAUCAGUAGUUUUGUGCAAAAUCCUAUUUUGAAAGAUGUUGACAAUCAAGUAAAUGACAUGCCUGAGCGCUUGAGGUCAGAAAACAACGUGCUUCAGAUGGUGUUGAAAGACCAGCGAGUCAUCAAGGAGCUUAUGGAGGAAAGGGAGAAGCUUCUUCGGAUAUUAGUGGAAGUCCUAAAAGUUCCACACAGCAAACUCCAAGCCAAUUCCUCAACUAGCAACAAGUCUCCAAGUGUUGAAACACCAGCAAGUCCUUAUGGAGGAAAGGGAGAAGCUUCUUCGGAUAUUAGUGGAAGUGCUAAAAGUUCCACAGCGCAAAUCCAAGCCAAUUCCUCAACUAGCAACAAGUCUCCAAGUGUUGAAACACCAGCAAGUCAUCGAGGAGCUUAUGGAGGAAAGGGAGAAGCUUCUUCGGAUAUUAGUGGAAGUCCUAAAAGUUCCACACAGCAAAUCCAAGCCAAUUCCUCAACUAGCAACAAGUCUCCAAGUGUUGAAACACCAGCAAGUCCUUAUGGAGGAAAGGGAGAAGCUUCUUCGGAUAUUAGUGGAAGUCCUAAAAGUUCCACACAGCAAGUCCAAGCCAAUUCCUCAACUAGCAACAAGUCUCCAAGUGUUGAAACACCAGCAAGUCAUCAAGGAGCUUAUGGAGGAAAGGGAGAAGCUUCUUCGGAUAUUAGUGGAAGUCUUAAAAGUUCCACACAGCAAAUCCAAGCGAAUUCCUCAACUAGCAACAAGUCUCCAAGUGUUGAAACACCAGCAAGUCCUUAUGGAGGAAAGGGAGAAGCUUCUUCGGAUAUUAGUGGAAGUCCUAAAAGUUCCACACAGCAAGUCCAAGCCAAUUCCUCAACUAGCAACAAGUCUCCAAGUGUUGAAACACCAGCAAGUCAUCAAGGAGCUUAUGGAGGAAAGGGAGAAGCUUCUUCGGAUAUUAGUGGAAGUCUUAAAAGUUCCACACAGCAAGUCCAAGCGAAUUCCUCAACUAGCAACAAGUCUCCAAGUGUUGAAACACCAGCAAGUCAUCGAGGAGCUUAUGGAGGAAAGGGAGAAGCUUCUUCGGAUAUUAGUGGAAGUCCUAAAAGUUCCACACAGCAAAUGCAAGCCAAUUCCUCAACUAGCACCAAGUCUCCAAGUACCUGAUUUACCUUGAGUGCAGGAGAAAACAGAGAAAAUGAUGUGUGUGUGUGUGUGUGAGUCAUUUAGACUUGCACCUUUAAAGUGAUUGAUACAAAAUUGCCAAGUGAGAUUGUCAAUAAAUCUCAAUAAUAAAAAAAACUAUCUACAGGUAUAGAACUGUUAGCUCUAUACAUCCUCGAAUGAAUAUUAUUUACCCAAUCGCAGAAUAUACAUAUUAUUUGACUAGUUUCCUAUCUUUUCACCAGUAAUAAAUGUUGAUAUGUCUGGAUACUCCUGUAUUCAUUUCUAUUUUAACAGUGAACAUGUUCGAAUA